GUCGCUGACGUCAGCCAUGGUCCCGCGAUGGGAGGGGCGGAGUGUCAGGGCUGUGGCCCAGCUAACUUGGGAUUUGAGGGAAUUGGAUCGGAGACUCAGAGCUAGUCCUUAGGCCGCCAUGCCUCAUUCCCGGCGGGUCAGUCACCUCCUGGACCUUCCUAGGAAGACCCACAAAUGAAGAAGAGACAAAAUUUGCUUGAAGAACCACAUUAUUGAAGGGAGGCAUCCUUGAAUUCCUGGGGAAUAACUUCGUCUUGCCACAUAACUCGGAAAAUUUCAAUCAGCUCUUGUAUGAGCAGUGGACGCCCUGCCUUAUGCCUUUGGUGCUUGAUGAAGAAUAUUUCCAGAUAUGUCACAGACAUUAAACUUUUGCCUCCUAAUAUAAAAGAUAAGAUGAUUAAAAUAAUGAGUUUUCAAGGGCGAAUAACAGAUUCCAAUAUUAGUGAGAUUUUGCACCCUGAAGUAGAUUCUCUAGACCUCCGAAGCUGUGAUAUUUCAGAUACUGCAUUAUUACAGCUUUGUAACUGCAGGAAACUGAAGAAAUUAAAUUUAAAUUCCUCAAAAGAAAAUAGAAUUUCUGUUACUUCAGAAGGAAUAAAAGCUGUUGCAUCAGCUUGCUCAUUUCUUUCUGAAGCCUCUUUGAAAAGAUGCAGUAAUCUCACAGAUGAAGGUGUCCUUGCCCUUGCUCUCAAUUGUCGGUUACUGAAGAUAGUUGACUUAGGUGGCUGCUCAGGUAUUACUGAUGUGUCUCUACAAGCCCUUGGAGAGAACUGUCCAUUUUUACAGAGUAUUGACUUUUCUGCUACUCAGGUAACUGACAGUGGUGUGGUUUCACUUGUUAGUGGACUAUGUGCUAAGAAAUUAGAGGAAAUUCACAUGGGGCAUUGUGUAAAUCUGACUGAUGGUGCUGUGGAAGCUGUUCUUACUUGUUGCCCUCAAAUACACAUUUUACUCUUUCAUGAAUGCCCUCUGAUAACAGACGAUGCCGUGGUGGAGACAGCCAAGGAGGCCACGGAGCCCAGGCUGUGCCAGGACACGUUCUCCAAAAUGGCCAAAUACCUGACAGAUGAGCUGACAGCCACCAGUGAAAACUAUAAACUUCUGGAAAAUAUGAGCAAACUGACUAGCUUGAAGUAUCUGGAAAUGAAAGACAUUGCAGUAAACGUAAGUAGAAACUUAAGGACUUAAACCAGAAAUCUGCAGCACUUCAGCCUUCUCUGGAUCAGGUCACUUUAACUGAGGAGCAAGUAGCAGCUCGUGAGCAGGCAGCUUAGAAGUUGGAUGCCUACUCAAAGAAACUAGAGGCAAUGUACAAGUUAGAGAGGCGAUGAAAGAAUCCUUUAGCACAAAGGCUUGAACUACAAGAAUGCUUCAUAAAAGCUGAAAUGAGUGGGAUGGAAAUUUAUCACUAUGCUUCAGUUCCUAAAAGGAAGCGAUGCUGCUCACGCAAGGAGAAUUCCAGCCCCCACCUCUGGUUGGAUGUGUAACUCUGGCCACCCCUUGAUGUUUCCUAAACCUGAAGCCCCUGGAACCUCAUCUUGUCAUGUGCUUCACUGUGUGCCCUGGACCAAGGCUCAGAAAUCAGGAUCAACCCCAUCUAGAGCAGUCACAGAGGAGAAAGUUUCGUCUCCCUGUCUCCUCCCCUCUUCUCUCUCCCCUAGGGCUCCAACUUGGACUCUGUUAUAAAUGUGCCCUCCACCCCCUUUAUAACUUCUUCUUCAACUUAAAUAAUAAAUGCUGCUUAUGAAAAAAAAAGAAGAAACGAAAAGAAAGAAAAGUUGUCCCUGCCCUCAAGGAGUUGAUAUUCUCAUGGAGAAAGACAACAUACAAAAGGGAGAAAAGGGCUGGCAACAGGAGGGAUAUUCCAAGGCGAGAAGGUCUCAGACACUGAGAGAAGUAACAGGGUGAGAAGGCAGCUGUAUCAUGGCAGCAAAGUCCAUAGAGUCAGAAGCACUGGUGGAAGGGGAAUAAAGCAAGGCUGGCUUGGGUCCAUCCCCAAAUUAGAGGUCCUAAAAGGAAUUCACCAAUGGGUAAAGAGGACCAAGGAUAUUCCAGAAUGAAAAGGUAGCUGAAUCAUGGUGUCUAAGCCUAUGGAAUCAGAAGCAUAGCCAAGAGACAAAUAUUAAAGGACACGUCUUUACUUUCUGUUAACAAUUUCUAUUACAGUGCUUUGAAGGAGGGCAAGAGAAGUAUAUUUUGUAUAAGGGGGAGGUCUAAGUGCUUGUUGGCAAGUGUGCAUCAAAACAAAAUGUGUCAAUACACUUUCUUACAAGUUGCAUUAUAAAGCUGGUUGUUGAGUUUCA